GGAAAUUUUUGCUGGGGUGGCAACCUUUGGUUUAAGACGCCGCGUUAGUUUUUUAAUUUUUUCGUUGGCGUCGGUUGCGUUUUGGAUCCGCUAAAAUUACAAACUUGAGCAACAAAAAAACUUGUGCAUAAUAUAUUUAUUGGUCUAUUAAGAAAAAGAUCGUGCAACACGACAAUACAGGAAGCACAAAGGAUCUAAUGCUUAGCAAAAUGGCACAGUCGAGCAAUGUAGGAGGAGGAGGAGGAGGCGGCGGUCCAGCUGCCGGUGGACGUCGAGUGCCGCUCUCGUUGAGCAGCAACAGCGGCAGCAGUGGAAGCAGCGCAGUGUCCCGGCUCCAGCAAGCAGCUGGAAGCAAUGGACGCUCGAAUAGUCCACAAAAUAGCAGCAAUACAAACAAGAAAAAUGAACAGAUGAUGGGCAAUGGACCAUUUGUAUCCAUUAAGAAAACAAGCUCAAGCCAGAAGCAAUCCACGGCUGCCAGCUCUUCCACUGCCAAAGAUGAGGAAAAGAAGGGUCAAAACGGAGUAAACAAAUCUUCAAACAGCAAUCCAAAGUCCUCCCAAUCCAAUGGCAGCUCCAACACCGUCGCCAAGGAGCAGCCGAAGCCGAAGGAGAAGCCGACCGAAAAGAAGGAGCCGACCAAAUCAGAAGCUAAGCAGGAGGAAGCCCAACCGAUUGUGAAGGAGCCCGAAAUUGAGACCAAAGUUGCAACUGUCGACUCGAAGCAGAACAAAGCUCCAGUGUCUGAAGUAAUUGAUGUGGAGAAGGAGCCUGAUGUGGUCAUUGUACCCACAACACCAACUUCCGAGCGCAAAUCAUCGCGUCGGGUGUCGGGAGCCAAUCAACAAAAAACUCCCAACAAGGCGGAGCAAAUCGAAUCAUCGCCAGUUCAGAAGAAAGCUGAGCAACCUGAAGAACAGCAGCCACCAGUAGCCGCUGUGGAAGAUGUGGAGAUGGAGACGCUUGCUGUCGAGGCAUCGCCCAUAAGGAGCGUGGCAAGCGCACAGCCAGCAGCCACAUCCACACCAGGUCGCAAUCUGUUUGGUUUCCGCAGCAGCAGCAAGCAGACCAACGAGGUGGACUUGGCCACACAGCCAUCCAGUUCGCCAGCAUCUGUGCCGGCACGUAGCUUUGCUCCGAUUAGCGGACGACGCAGCAUUCGUCCGACUACAUCGUUGACGCCCGGCAAAUUGGGCAACUACAGAUGCCUCAACACCAGCGAGCUGGACACCUCCGGCUGCACCAACACUAGUAUGAAUGCCACCGUUGGGUCCGAAAUACCCAACUGCUCAUCGUUUUCGUUCUCAUUCUUUGGACGCGGACGCAAACGUGAGCGCACUCCGCCUCCACUAUCCGGCAGCCAGUCGACCAGUGAUCUGGGCCAUGAUGUUGAGAUGUCGCCCCCAAAGCGAGCACGUUUCGAGUUGUUCAGCCUGAACUUGGCAUCGCCAUUUAGCAUGCUGCGCUCACGCUUCUCCAAAGCAACCAUUAGCACGCCAUCAUCGCGCCAGCGUCUUGACCAAACACCACCAGCUGGCGAGGAUGAGGUGGGUGAGAAGGGUGAGGUGCAAAAUGUGUCGGGCAUUGUCAUUCAAGAGGAGGAGGAGCAACAGCUUAACAAAUCGUCGGCCAGCAACGAACAAGUUACUGUGGGCCAGGAAGCCGGUCUAGAGACGCCCAAGAAGAGUGGCUCGCCAAUGGAGGGUGCCGGAGAGGAGAAGGAAGUGGACGCGAAGAAAGCGGAUCAAGGCGAUGAUGUUGUAGCCAAUCUGCCAUCUGCUGAUGUGGAGGUGUCUACCGAGAUCGAAGGUCCCAACAGAUCCCGCUGCGCCAUAAUGUGAGCGUGUCUUGCUCCUCACACACUCCAAUCCCGAACCUUCCCCCUCCCAAUACAGCUAGCUCUUAAGACUUAUAUCAUACAUUAGUAGCGUCAUCUCUUUGGUAAUUUGUGUUCUUGCUUAUAAUUACAUGUUAAGAGUAAGCACCUAAGUUGGGUCAAAACCAACGCCAUGUACGAGUGUAGGCUGCUCUUUUCCGGCUUUAAAGAACUGUUAGCCAUACGCUAUAGUCAUGGACAGCCCGAUUUACCAACAGUUGCGAUUUCUUGCUGCAUAUCUCUCAGUCGUUCGACAGAGAUAUACACCGACAAAUCGAUAUGCAUAUAUAGAUAUAAGAAAAAAAAAUGAUUUCAGUGUACCCAAACAACGUUAGGUACAAUAACAAAAACAAAUACAUUUGUAGAACCCGAUCUAAAAUACAAACACAUGUAGAUUUAGCUGUAACAGAUUUUUAAGAUUUACGUAUUUCCGAGUUUUCUGUAUUUUAUUCGUCAAUGUAUUUGUGUAAUACGUAAUACAAGAGUGUAAAGAAUGUAUUUUAUAAAUAAAGAACAUUUUUAUUAA